UGUUAAUCAACGAAAUGGGAGAAAGUGACGUUGGAAUACCCGGAACAGUUUCGGGUACCCAACAUUCGGUCAAACGAAAUUGUAAGAUGAAUAUCGAUGAAUUUAAAAAGUUUGCGGGCGCUUCCAUUGAUUAUAUUGCAGAUUAUUGUGAAAAUAUUCGAGAUGUAGCAGUCCUACCAAAUGUCGAGCCUGGCUACCUGAGCCAGCAACUGCCCAAAAGAGCUCCGGAACAACCUGAACACUGGACCAAACUAAUGACCGAUCUGGACGAAUCCAUAAAACCCGGACUGACGCAUUGGCACUCGCCUUAUUUCCACGCCUACUUUCCGACGGCUCAAAGUUAUCCGGCGAUUAUUGGUGAACUUUUUAUGGCGGGAAUUGGAGCUGUCGGUACCGACUGGGAAUCGAGUCCGGCGAUCGUCGAACUCGAAGUACGAGUCAUGGAUUGGCUCGCCAAAAUUCUGGGAUUACCCGAAGAGUUUUUGAAUUGUUCCGACGGACCUGGAGGUGGCGUGAUACAGAACGCUGCAAGUGAUUCCACCCUAGUAGGCCUCCUAUCGGCGUCCGACAAAAAAAUCAAGCAACUCAAACGCCUCGACCCCCGAACGACCAAAUCAGAAAUCCGCGGCAAACUAGUCGCUUACACCUCAAAAGAAUCAAACUCCUCAGUAGAAAAAUCAGGCCUAAUCGCUUCAGUAAAAAUGAGGCUCCUGCCCACCGACUCAGAAGGCAGCCUCAGAGGCCGAGCCUUAAACGAAGCUGUAAGCAAAGAUUUGGCCGAAGGCUUGAUACCGUUUUGCGUGGUUGCGUCACUAGGAACAACUGGCACUUGCGCAAUGGACAAUGUAGAGGAAUUAGGGGAAAUUUGUUUGAAGCAAGGCAUGUGGCUGCAUGUGGACGCGGCCUACGCUGGAACAGCAUUGGCUUGUCCGGAAUACCGAUACUUGCUCAAAGGGAUUGAAUAUGUAGACUCAUUCAAUUUUAAUCCGCACAAGUGGAUGCUGGUCAAUGGAGAUUGCUCAGCAAUGUGGUUCAGGAAUUGUAAAUAUGUUGAAGAAGCUUUUGAAAAAAAAUCCACAUUGAGUCAAUCAGUUGUGCCCGAGAUUGAGCGUUGGCAAAUUCCAAAUGUUAGAAGAUUUAGAGCGUUGAAGUUAUGGUUUGUUAUUAGGAUUUAUGGGGUGGAUGGUAUUCAGAAGCAUGUGCGGCAUCAUGUUAGUUUGGCCAAGCAUUUUGAGGCCCUGGUUAAUGCUGACGAGAGAUUUGAAGUUGUCAUAAGCAGUUUGGGGGUUGUUUGCUUUAAAUUAUUAAGAGAUGAAGCUUUAACGCAAGUGAUUUUAGAGAAAAUUGCCAAAAGGAAAAACAUUUUUAUAAUGCCUUAUUAUUAUAAAAGCCAGUUGUUGUUUAGGUUUGUUGUUUGUAGCAGGUUUACUCAGUACGAGGAUAUUGACAAGUCUUGGCAAGAGAUUUUGUCGCAAACCGACGAAGUUUUGAGUAAAAAAGGGGAAAUGUGUAAGGAGGUUGAUAAUAUUUGUCCAUUUGGACGUUUUUGAUUGUAAUAUAUUAAGUUGUUUUUGUUAAUUUGUGAGUUUUAUUUGAAAUUAGUGAGUCUUAUGGCCGUUUGCACCGACCGUUUGAAAAAAUGGUGGGUGCA